AUGCUCGUAGAGUUCGCGCUGUGCAAUACGCGUCCAGGUGCGGUGGACGAGGGAGAAGGUCUUGCAGAGUUGGGCUCUCGACCACCCCUCCCGACUACCUGCCUCCGCUUCUCUUCCUCCCUCCCUUCACUUGCUGCCCGCUUGCCUUCUACCGCCGACUCUCACACCUCCACGCCGGGUGUCACCGCCGUCACAGCCGUGACCCGACGCCUUUUGAGCUUACCUUCUUCCCCUCUCGAUAAUACAAAUGGUUGGUGCCGUCGCUGCUCCUGCUCAGCUCCGCACAGCUGCGUAAGCUGUUGCGGAGUCGGUGCCGUCGAUCUCGCCGUCGACGCCCCGUUUCCCCUCUUGCCCCUCGAUACCCUACCCGAUCCUUCCGCUUCCCUUGCAUCACUCGGAAUCACUGGCGUCUCAACUUCGCCGGUGUGCUCGCUUGACGCCCUCGCUUUCGACACUUCCACCUUUGCCUUCGACCCUACCCUUCCUUUCCUUUCAAAUUUCGACCAUGCCGCACUCUUGACGACUUCGACCAACCUCUCACCGAGCGCAGCAGAUCUCCAACUACGUCAGCCUUUGCCGCUCCCAGCAGCAACUCUCGCUCCUCAUGAUCCUCUCGACUCUUCCUCCCACUUUUCGCCAAUCGACGACGACACUCUCAACUUCUCCCUCUUCGCUACGCCUCUCAACCUCCCGACCCACAGUGCCUCAACCUCGUCCACCUCGCCCUCCACCACAACUACCACCACCUCUCCUGAUUCCUCGGCCCUCCCUCCGGCCGCUCUCACUCCUGCUUCUUACCUCGCCGAGCAAGCCGCUCGCCCCGCCCCAACCGGUUUCCGCGACCCCUGCAUCCCGCGCAUCGCUAUCGACGCGCCAAUCCAGAAGCGCGACUCGCUCUUACCCUCAGCGACGUCGCGCAAGCGGUUGAACGCGGCGGGCGAGCGCAAGGUGGCGGCGAAGCGGCGGAAGGAGCAGCAGGCGGCGAGCGAGUCGUCGGCUUCUCCGAGCAGCGGCGAGUCGGGUGCGGCGGAGGGACUGGACGAUGGCGAGGACAUACCGCAGGAGGCGUUGACGGCGACGGAACGCAAGAGGUUGCAGAACACCUUGUCGGCUCGAAGGUGCCGGGCGAGGAAGCAGGCGAGGGUGCAGGAGCUCGAGGUCCAGAACGCGGCGUUGCGCGAGCGGGUGGAGCAGCUAGAGGUGAUGCUGCGCUUGGUAGGCGGGGAUGUGUAG